CAAGCGUAGAGUUACCUCAUAUUUGGCAGUCAUCCAAGUCAGUCUCUGGUCAGUGGUCAUUCUCACUCUGGAUACCCAAGGACUACUAGUUGAUGUAACAUUUCGAGGAUUUGUUUGAAGCAGCACAAUGGGUAAAAAAUUCGACGAGCUGCUCACCCAUCUUGGAACGGGCAGGUGGAAUAUAUUCUACAUGGUGACACUCUCGUACUCGUAUUUGUUGCCGUCAUACCAUGCCUUGGGUGGAGCCUUCCUGGCCCCCAUAGUGUCUUACACCUGUCUCCCACCUGCCCAUGCUCUCACCUCCGACCAAAUUAUCAUCCCCACCACUGCCACCUUGAACAGCACCACAAAGUUUGAGUGUACCUACCUGGUGGAGAACACUACCUCAGGGGAAGUUCUGGAGGAGACCUGUACUGAGUGGCUCUUUGACAAUUCAACCUUCACCUCUACCGUCACCUCCCAGUUUCAGCUGGCGUGCGGGCGGGACUACUACCGUGCCUUAUAUCAAGCACUGUAUAUGGCCGGCGUCUUUUUCGGUGCUCCCUUAAGCGGCUUAUUGUCUGACAAGCACGGCAGGAAGAAUUUAAUCGUCAUUGGAAGUGCAUUGUUUACUGUUCUGGCCAUCGGGUCUUGCUGGGCAAAUAACAUCCAUGUACUGCUGCUUGCUCGCUUCCUGCUGGGUAUGCUACAGCCAAGCUUCACUCAAUCUUCCUACACCCUGAUCAUGGAGGUGUUAGAACCCACAUCAAGGUCGCAAGGUGGAUUAGUCAUUACCAUGCCGUGGUCGCUGGGUUUAGUCACGUGGGGAGGGUUCGCUUACCUCAUGAGGGACUGGAGGAUGUUGCAGCUCACCGCCUCCCUCACCUGCCUCCCCUUCUUUCUCGUAUUUCUGUUCAUCGAUGAGUCCCCGAGAUGGCUGGCUGUGCAGGGACGAUACGAGGAGGCGCUGCUGGUACUACAAAAGGCAGCUCGCUGGAACAAGGUGUCCCUUCCUCCCACUCCCCACGUCCUUCAGUGUCUCAAGGAAGAACGCUGUUCACAGUUGAUAACAGAAUUAAAGAGCUUGUCACAGCCAACUGUUGUUGCUAAUGCAGUAACUUUCUUGUGCUAA